AUUUGGACUUCUUGACUAAUUUCCUUCGUGAUCCAUUAACACAGAAUUAAAAAAAAAAACUCGAGUGAGGAACCUCUGAAAAUGGCGUCCUCUUGGAAGGCAAUGUCUAGGUUAACGACUCGGUUACAGUCUUCAACUAGUAAGCUCAAUAAGUCUUCAUUCACUGUUCUUCAGUCCACAUCUCAUUCUUCAGCUACACGCAUUUAUCGCAUCUCAAGGCUUCCAUUGGAGCUGAGUAGUGUGGGAUCGAUGAUGCCGCUUCACAAUGCUAUAGCUUCGGCGCGAUUGAUAUCGAGCUUGGCUUCUGAGUCUCAAACUUGGAGUUUAGUUCCUCAAGGUAUUUCAUUGCCUUUAUGAUAGCCAUGUUUUGCAGAGAGUUUUUGGAGUGGAACAUGGGUAGUAGUGUUAACAUUUAAGCCUUUUUCUUUUUUACUGAUUUCUGAGGCACAAGAUUUUAUAGUUGAACCUGGUCUUUGAGGAACACUUCAAUUUGACAUUGAUUUUUGCUUUUGAGUUUGGUUCCUUUAGUCAAUGUUGCCUUUCUUCUUCUUCUUUUGCUUUCCCCUUAGUGUCUCUUAACGUGGAUGAACUUCACAUAAUCACCAUGAGUUCAUAACUUUGACAAGAGCUUAUCAGUUUUUUUGUUUUGCCCUUAUUUGUGUUAGAUUCAGCAACAAGCAAUUUCCCAUAGGAACUUUGAAGAUUCUUUCAUUUCCCUUUGACAUGUUUAAAGAUGUGUGUAUUACUAUCAACUUUUAGUUUGGAGAUGAUUUAAAA